UUUUUGUUUUUGGAUGCUUUGCUUCGACAGCUUUCAUGAACUAUGGAUCCAAUGCUCAACUCAUACCAGAAGAUGAAGUGAAAGUUCUAGAAACAAUAUCAUCAAAGAUAGGGAACUUGAAUUGGAAUGUGACCCCACGUUCUUGUGUCGGGGGAGGCUUCAAAAAUGAGACCAUUAGCACAACAAAUAGCAUCAUAAGGAAUGUAACAUGCAAUUGCAGCUUCUUAAAUGGAAAAGUUUGUCAUGUUACAAAUAUUGUUUUCACAGGUCUCAAUUUAUCUGGACUUUUACCAAGUGAAUUUGGACUCCUUGCCUAUCUGCAAGAACUACGUCUUAAGGGGAACCCAAUUAGUGGUCCAAUUCCAGACGAAAUUGGUGAAAUUACAACUUUAGAGGAUUUAGAUUUGAGAGAUAGUCUAUUGGAAGGGACUCUUCCUUCUAGUCUUGGAAAAUUGAAGCAGCUACGCAAGUUGCAUUUGGCGGGAACAUCUAUGGAAGGCCCCAUUCCUACAACCAUAUCUUACUUAAGAAAUUUGACUGCACUGGUGUUGAGAAAUUGCUUCAUCCAUGAUUCCAUUCCAAAUUAUAUUGGUAAAAUGGAAAACUUAACUACUCUAGAUUUGAGCUUCAACAAGUUGACCGGUAAAAUCCCAAAUAGUAUAAGUAGCUUGACCUUCCUAAAUUCCAUGAGGCUAACUGAAAAUUCUCUGACCGGAAAAAUUCCUGAUUGGAUGUUGCAACGGCAAUAUGGUCAUCUUGAUUUAUCUUACAACAAUUUUUCGAAGACUUCUGCGACUAAUUGUCGAUACGAAAAUUUAUGUACUUGCCUAAAAAGGAGCCUUCCUUGUGGAGGAAAACCCAAAUAUCAUUCAUUGUUCAUAAAUUGUGGAGGACCACAAAUUAUUUAUGAGGGGAAUAAAUACGAAGGUGACAUCAGGCCUGAGCCUAUCUCAUUCUUUUGCCCUAGUGAUGAUAAAUGGGCUUAUAGCAGCACAGCAAGAGUAAAAUACUAUAAUAAAAUAACAACGAAUAGAUUUUCCCUCAACAUUACUGGUCCUGACUUCUAUCAAACAGCUCGCAUUUCCCCUUUGUCUCUCAAGUACCAUGGCCUCUGUAUGAUUAACGGAAAUUACAACGUCAAGCUCUAUUUUGCUGAGAUUAUGUAUUCUCAGGAUCAAGAUUUCAAUCAUGUUGGAAGACGCAUUUUUGAUGUUUCAAUCCAAGGUAGGAAAUAUUUGCAUGAUUUCAACAUUAUGAGGGAAGCCGGCGGCGUUGGUAAGGGCAUUGUCAAGGACUUUAGUGUUGAUGUUAAUGAUAACACCUUGGAGAUUCAUUUAUACUGGGCUGAAAAAGGAACUACAAGCAUUCCCAAUGAAAACAAUGGUGUAUAUGGACCUCUUAUAUCUGCUAUUUCAGUCACCCCAAAUUUCAAAAUUCCAUGGAUUUUUGGUGGAGCCAUUGCUGGAAUUGUGGUUGGAUCAUGUGUGCUCCUCAUCAUACUAAUAAUAAUAUUCAUCCUCCGAAAAAUGGGCUUACUAGGUGUCAAAGAUUCAAAAGACAAACAACUUUUAGAUCUAAAAACGGGUUAUUUCUCUUUAAAACAAAUCAAAGAUGCCACUAAUAACUUUGCCCCAGAAAAUAAGAUUGGUGAAGGAGGUUUUGGGCCAGUGCACAAGGGUACACUAUCAAAUGGUGUUGUCAUAGCUGUGAAACAGCUUUCCUCUAAAUCAAAACAAGGGAAUCGUGAAUUUGUUAAUGAAAUUGGAAUGAUUUCUGCUUUGCAACACCCAAACCUCGUGAAGCUUUAUGGAUGUUGUGUUGAAGGAAAUCAAUUGUUGCUGAUAUAUGAGUACAUGGAGAACAAUAGUCUUGCUAGUGCUCUUUUUGGUGGCCAAGGUCAAAAGAUGCACUUGGACUGGCCUACAAGAAUGAAGAUAUGCGUAGGAAUAGCAAGAGGAUUAGCUUAUCUUCAUGAGGAAUCAAGGUUGAAAAUUGUGCAUAGAGAUAUUAAGGCAACAAAUGUCUUACUUGAUAAAGAUUUGAAUGCCAAGAUCUCAGAUUUUGGAUUAGCCAAGCUUGAUGAAGAUGAAAAUACUCAUAUAAGCACAAGAAUAGCAGGAACCAUCGGUUAUAUGGCCCCUGAAUAUGCAAUGCGAGGAUGCUUAACUGAUAAAGCAGAUGUUUAUAGUUUUGGAGUCGUCGCUUUAGAAAUUGUCAGUGGAAAAAGUAACACAAGUUACAGGCCAAAAAAGGAGUUUGUUUACCUUCUUGAUUGGGCCUAUGUUCUUCAAGAGCAAGGAAACCUUCUUGAGUUGGUGGAUCCAAGUCUUGGUUCAAGCUACUCCUCACAGGAAGCCAUGAGAAUGCUGGAGCUGGCACUCCUAUGUACUAACCCAUCUCCAACACUCAGGCCAUCCAUGUCCUCUAUUGUCUACAUGCUUGAAGGAAAGUUGCCAAUCCAAGCCCUAACAAUCAAACGUCGGGAGAGUGACCAACAGGUUGCCAGAUUCAAGGCCUUAGAGAUACAAUCAUCUCAAGAAAGCCAUAGCCAAACCUUUAGUUCUUCUUCUACAUCAAGAUCACACGAAAAUGUGAAGCAAAGGGUUGAAGCAACGGAUAGCGCAUCAUCAAAAUACAAUUGUAGAAGUUAAACCUUAGCUGCUUCUGCAUUC